UAUAAUUCUGAAGUGCGGUCGUACCGGAGUAGGUUAAUUCUUUUAUUAUCGUUAGUCAGCAAAUUCUAACACAAUACCACACCUAACUGCUUCACUUUAUCGAUGUUCAAUGUCCUGAGAAGACAGUUUUCAACUAAGAUUUCUGUCAUGGCAGCGGUAAAAAGCUACGAUUAUUUAGUUAUCGGCGGUGGGUCUGGCGGCAUCGCUAGCGCACGCAAGGCUGCAGAAUUCGGUGUUUCUGCUGGGUUAAUCGAGCACCAGCGCCUUGGAGGAACUUGUGUAAAUGUAGGAUGUGUUCCAAAGAAGGUGAUGUUUAUGACAGCCAUGCAGUCCGAGAUGUUACAUGAUUCAAAGUAUUAUGGCUUUGACAUUGAAAAUAAAGGUUUCAACUGGAGUACAAUAAAGAAGAGUCGUGAUGCAUACAUCAAACGGUUAAAUGGAAUCUACGAAAGAAACCUUGGUAAUUCGAAAGUAGAUAUAAUUCGUGGCCAUGCCUCGUUCACAAGCGAUCGUUGCAUCCAAGUUGGGGACCAGCUUUAUACCGGCAAACAUAUCUUGAUAGCAUCGGGAGGAAAACCUGUCAUACCAAAUGUUCCAGGUGCUGAGCUAGGGAUUUCAAGCGAUGGAUUCUUUGAACUCGAAGACAUUCCAAAGAAAACAGCAGUUGUAGGUGCAGGUUAUAUAGCUGUUGAAUUAGCAGGCAUUCUUAAAGAACUAGGAAGUGAUGUUUCCCUAUUUAUCAGGAAGGAAAAGGUUUUGCGAACCUUUGACAGUUUAAUCAGUGAAAAUUGCACAGAAGAACUCAAGAAUUCUGGAAUGAACUUGGUAACAAACAGCACUUCUGUUUCUCUGUCUAAGGAGAGUGAUGGAAGUCUCACAUACACAACAAGUCAAGGAACCUUUGCUGGGUUUGAUUGCGUCAUCUGGGCAGUUGGUCGCACCCCAAAUAUCGAAAUUAACUUAGAUAAAGUAGGUGUUGAGUUGACGAGUCGUGGCGACAUCAAAGUUGAUGAGUUCCAAAACACGGCUGCUGAUAAAAUUUACGCACUCGGAGACGUUUGUGGAAAAGCAUUACUAACGCCAGUUGCUAUCGCAGCAGGUCGAAGGUUAGCUCGUCGUUUGUUUGACAACAAACCUGACUUGAAGUUGGAUUACAGCAAUAUCCCAACGGUUGUGUUUUCCCAUCCACCAAUUGGAACUGUUGGAAUGACUGAAGGUGAAGCAAAGACCAAAUUCGGAGAGGACCAAGUAAAAGUUUAUAAGUCAACUUUUACCAACAUGUACUUUGCUGUCACAGAAAGAAAGCAGAAAACAGUGAUGAAAUUGGUAUGUGCUGGCCCCGAGGAGAAGGUGGUCGGCCUACACAUGCAGGGCCUCGGUGUCGAUGAGAUGUUACAGGGUUUUUCUGUGGCGAUUAAGAUGGGGGCUACGAAAGAAGACUUUGAUAAUACGGUUGCUAUACAUCCAACAGCUUCGGAAGAGCUCGUUACUUUGCGUUAAAAGGGACCAGCAGUGGGCAAGUAGCAGUCCUGUGUGCCCACUUUAUAGUCAGACGAUCAUCUGUAAAUUAGGGUAGACGCUAGGUCAUAGCGGAUCUCAGGGGCUAUUUACAUAACAUUCUGACUGCCAGCAUACAGUGCAGAUACAAAUUAUGAGGCUACACAUUACAUUGCAACUAAUUACAGAGAGGAAAGCAUGGAAUGUUUCUAACUGCCAGUGGACAAAUUGAUGUGAUGUGCCCAUAUAUGGGCAUAUCACAUUCAUCUCUCACAUAAAAUUUGUUAGUGUGGACAGAUGCACAUGUUACUUCGAGGCUGCAAUCUACAGUUCAACCAAUCAAACUCUUAACGCCCGUAUUCUUAAAACGAACUUUAGUCAAACUUCGAAAUAGAACUUCAUUUAGGCUAUGUUUUCACACGGCUGCUAACGUUUAGCAGGAUCUGGAUCCUGCUAACCGUUAGCUGCCGUGCAUCCAUAGGAGAAAAUCCCGAUCUGGAUACCAAAAACAUGAUGAUCGAAUCACUGGCCAAUAAGAAACUGGAAAUUGUAUACGCAUACAUGGGAUUGGUUGAAGAUAAAAACAUGCUCAACUUGCUAACCGAUAGCGCUGCUAACCGUUAGCGGUAUCCGGAUACCGCUAACGGUUAGCGCUAACCGAUCGGGCGUUCUCACGCAGGUGCUAAUGGUUGGCUCCCGAUCCGGAUACUAAGGCUCUCGUGAGAACCAGGCUACAGUCUUAAUUGCAACUUCAACUUCAAUUUGUGUUCACAAACAACGUAGUCAAAUUUUUUAACUACAACUAAAUCAGGUCCUAGCUGUAGUCCAGCUGAAGAUGGCUGGCAAGCAACAACUAUCAAACUAACCAAUGAAAAGAGCGAAUUUUAAUAGCAGAAGAAAUUUUAGAUAUCCGGUAACGCGGAUGAAUAUUAUUCUGCUGUCUGUCUUUCAAAACAUAUUUCCUCUUAAUUCAUAAUAGACCAUUAUUCGUUUAACUAAUAUUCUAUAAUAAUAACUAUAUUAGUCGUUAACAUCUAACGAUAUAGAAUAUGAACUGCUACUGAAAAUUUGCUUUCUUUGGAGAACUAUUAUAGUUGAGGUUGAGCGAGGGCAGCGCCAUAUUUUUUUGUUGUUACCGUGAAGCUACGUGACCGCAACACAAGGGGAUUUUGUGCAAAUCAGGAACUGUUGCAUGUGGCUAGCAAAACAUGUUAAUUUCACCUUUUGGAAGCUAAACGUAAUGUCCCUUUUCUUGAACACGCUGACGACACAUCAGACCUAUUUCUACAAUCAUGUAUAUUCACUUCACUUUAUCGUAAGUUACAAAAAGCACGUUUUUAGUGGGGUAAAUACUUCAAGUCGACGAUUUAGCUUGACCCUAGGCUGACUAAAAAAAUCGGCCUGAGGAGGUAUAAUUUUAGUCAAGGUUCGCGUAAUUUAGUCGUACUGCUAGUUGAAGUUCGUUUUAAGAAUACGAACAAAAUGAUGUAAGUUUUAGCUCGAACUACGACUAAAGUUCGUUUUAAGAAUACCAGGGUAAAGCCGUGUCCACACUAUUAAAUUUUAUGAGAUAAAUUUGUGUGUGCCCAUAUAUGGGCAUGAUGAUAUAAUAAUACCAACAAGUAUGGACAUAUCACAUUCAUUUGUGCACAUAUCUUAAUGGACAAGUGGGGAAUUCAGGAUCUUUGAUAAUUUGGUUUUUUUAAAGAAAAAUCUUAAAACCUAUUUAUUACAGGAAUGUUAACUUGCUUUAUUUCCUCACUAACCACCUUUGAUAAAUUUUGAAUAGGCGCUUUAUAAAUAUUUGUUACUAUAUGAAAUUAAUUAUUCAAACUUACACAAACUUGAAUACAUAGUAUGGUGACUGAAUAGUGUUAGCUUGCACAAAAUUUUUAGAAACUAGCAUUAAUUUCCUGCAAAGAUGAUGAGGUUUACACAGCAUUAAAAUGUGACAAAAUAUAUAUUUUUAUUGUUGGGUCAAAGGUGGGAAUGACCAGAAUUAUGGUUGAAAUAAAUAAAUGAAUAAUGAUUACUAUUA